AUGGAGAAAGUUGAUGAAACUAAGGAAGCAGCAGGAAAUGGCUCUGUGAAUGUGUUGGAUGUUGUUCCGACCGAAAAGGCAGAUGCACUGGCUGCAAAUCGAGAUCUUGCAUCAUCAAUGGCAAUUCCAGCAGCUGAACCGACGGAAAUAUUUGACAAACUUGAAGAAACAAAUGCUGAAAAUUUUGUGCGCACAAUUUGGAAAAUCGUCGACGAGUUCUAUGACAGGAACGAGACCCAAUUCUGUUCAUCUGCGUGGGAGGGGGAAAUCGCAACUUGCAUUGGCAUUAAAUGGCCAACGACCUUGGUAUUCCUGGUUGGCUACUUCAGUCGAAUCCGGUUCUCGACGUCUCUAUUGCAAUUUAACCUCGAUAUCGUACGUGUUUGUUGUGGAAAGGAUCACGGUAUGCCCGAUACACCUCAAAAUCAUGUUAUUCUGUACAAGGAGCAUCAUUUAGUAGUCGGAGUUGCUGACUUACCAACCUUCUGA